GACGAUUUGUUACCAGAAUUUUUUUCUUCAACAAGUACCUACUCUCUCAAGAUUAUCGCUCAAUAUGGACCCAACAACAUCCACUCGCGAACAAUUCACCACUGGCUUGGUGUCACAACCACUUCCGUCCAAUGCCAAUGCUGACUGGAAGAAAUACACCGAGACCCAUCAGCAGCUGUUCGACAAGCUUGCUCAUCACUCUGCCAUGGCUCCGAAUCUCCACCAGACGUACAUGACACCCGCAGCUUCAAAGAACAAAAUCUACUUCAUGUGGGAUUUCGUUGGCAGGACGCUCGGCAUGCUUCAUCAGCUCCCACCUGCCAUGGCUGCAUCGGAGUACAAUGCACAACAAAAAGAGAUCUGGAUGGAUGUGGUGCAGAGGACUGCGAUGUCCAAGUCGCUGCUUACGGACUCGAAGCCGGGAAUGCUCGAUAUGAUGAUCGAAUCUACGAACCCAGAGGAGCGCGGCAACCAUCCGGAAAUUGGCGAGGAGAUACUUGCUUUGGCUAAUGCCUUGCCAUGAAAAUAUGCAUGCUGCUGUUAGCGGAUAGCGCACCGAGAGCGACUUCAUGUUCUUGAGAUCAUGUUGUUCAUGUUCUGCAUCUCCAGAUGUCAUUAUUGUUCACGAUUUACCGGUACUCCCCUCCACAAUCGCCGAGAAGAGCGACAAUGACGUCCCUCCUACUCCUCCUUAAAACACUCUCGAUUCGUUGUCGAUCUUCCUC